CGCUGCUGGAGCGGGAGAGCGGCAGCCGUGUGGAGCCCCGGGCCGGGCGGGCUGAGGAGCCGCCGCUAUGGUGUUUUACUUCACCUCCAACGAUACACUCUGAACCACCUGGAUGUUGAGGGGGUUUUGCCCAGAAGGCUGUUCUUUGCUGGAUAAUCUUCCAUGGAAAGCAGUGGAAAUGCCACAUUCCAAAGUCUGUUGAAGUAUUUGGGACAAAAUCUGGAAGAAAUGCAAAACCAUCUUCCUUCGGCCCCCAGGAGAGAAAUGGGAUGGAUGGAUGGAUGGAUGGAUGGACGGAGCAGUUUUCAUUCUAAUUUCUGUGACCAAGACUGGUGCGUUUGUCAUUCCUUGCACAGUUUGUCCAAACCCCUUUUGAUUUGUUUUCCUCUUUCUAUCCCUCAGUUGUUCCUUCUGUUUACACCAUUUACAUGGGAAAAGAUAAGUACGAAAAUGAAGAUCUAAUAAAGUAUGGCUGGCCUGAAGAUAUCUGGUUUCAUGUGGAUAAGCUCUCUUCCGCGCAUGUGUACCUUCGGUUACACAAGGGGCAGACGGUGGAUGACAUUCCUAAAGAAGUUUUGAUAGACUGUGCCCAUCUAGUGAAGGCGAAUAGCAUUCAAGGUUGCAAGAUGAACAACGUCAAUGUUGUAUACACGCCAUGGACUAACCUGAAGAAGACUGCAGACAUGGAUGUGGGGCAGAUUGGCUUUCACAGGCAGAAGGAUGUGAAAAUGCUGACAGUGGAGAAGAAGGUGAACGAGAUCCUGAACCGGCUAGAGAAGACAAAAGUGGAGCGCUUCCCAGACCUGGCGGCUGAGAAGGAAGCCAGGGACAGAGAGGAGAGAAAUGAGAAAAAAGCCCAGAUCCAAGAGAUGAAGCGGAAGGAAAAGGAAGAGAUGAAGAAGAAGAAAGAGCUGGAAGAACUUAGGAGCUACUCAUCCUUAAUGAAGGCUGAGAACAUGUCCUCCAAUCAGGUAAGACUGCCCACAGAAACCUUUCAGACAGCUGAAAUUCAAUGCGGGAUCAUGAUGGUACAGCUCCCGCAUUGCAGUCUGGUUUUGGUGACUCCUGCAUGACAGAGCACAUCUCUGUCACCCCUUCUCGGUGAAGGACACUGUCACUUUCCUCCACUUUCCGAGAGGGCCCUAUUGCUUGUAUGUCAGCCAGGAGGAGUCUGUGCUGCUGGAAGUGUGUGCAAAGGUCCUCCCAGUCCCCUUCCCACCCAAGUGAAAGAACAGAUGGAGUCUGAAGUGGGGCACCAGGCUUGACUCUCCUUGUGAGCUGUUUGGGCAUAACCUGGCUCGUGAGCUGAGGAGGUCUCCCUAAUGGCAACCAUGACCUGCAUAUGCCACCUUGUUACUUCAAGGGGGGGGGGAAAUGCACAUUUUUAACAAGAAGUAAACUGGAGGUGUAAGGACAACAGUUUGGGGAGGGAUGAAUAUAGGUGCUGAGGGGCAGAAGAGGAAGCUUGAAGGGAUGUGCUUGCAGAGAGCAAGCAGGUGUUGGCCUGGGACUGAAGCAGUAUAACAUGGCUGCAGUCUGACGGUGGAAAAGGAGCCAAAAUGGAGAGGAACGCAGGCCAGCAGGAGGGAAAUGAGGAGGUGGGUCACAGGAGGGCUGGGGGCUGAAGUUCAGAAGAGGCCCUGGUGUGCACUGGAUGCACCUGUGCUUUGCCUGAGGUCUGGCACGUCUGCAGCUUCCUCCUUGGUGGGACCUUGAGUGAAUGGAUCUUGGAGCUCCUCUGAGUCACCCUCAGUUCAAAAUCCACCUUUCGUAUCCUAGUUCCUGACUAACUGCUUAGAGGAGUGUGUGGUUUUCAAGAAUCCUUGCUUUUCCUCCUGGUUGGCAUGCAGAUGCCCUUUGAAACUUGAA